CCCCAACGGAUGGCACCGUUGACACCUUCUCCAGCCAGGCCUGUGGGCCACAUGAUGGCGUUGACCACACCUCCACGCCACAGUCGUAAAGCCCCGGGAUGUAUAAAUAAGGGAGCAAAGACAGAAGAGGAACCAGAAGCUGAAACGACCAGAUGAAGAUGGAGCUUGCCGGGGUUCACUGGGUGCUUGCAGCUGCAGGGUUUCUUCUGUGGACCAGUUGUGCGUCUGCUGCACCCAUGGAGUGCCACUUCAACUCCAGAGCGCUGUGUGUGUUCGAGGGGAGGCACUUCUCACUGGGGGAAACCUGGAUGGACAACGCCUGUAUGCAGUGCACCUGUCUGCACCCUGUUGGCGUCGGUUGCUGCGAGACGGUGCAUCGGCCGGUGGAUUUCCCCGCGUGGUGUGAGGUGCGGGUGGAACCAGUGACCUGCAAAGUGUCCCUGGUCCAGACAGCCGACCCCCGCCUGCCCUGCUCCCCAGGCCAGGACCUCCAGGACCCGAGCCAUGGAUCGCUUCAGCUGCAGCAGCAACAACUGGACGGGUAGAAACCUGCUCAGACCAGCGCCUAUCUGUUCAACCUGUUGGCCUGUGAAACCAAUACUCACUAUAGUUUAAUAACCACUUUAUACACCAAUAAUUAACAGCAUAUUUUGGACUGUAUUAUCAAUGUAGAGUGAAACUGUCUGUGAAAUAUAUUUAAGUUAACCUGCGGUGUUGUGCAGCAGAGGAUGUUAUAAACACUGAGCACCACAUGAUGAACCAUAUUAACAAAUUUAGGAAAUCAAGGCGUCACUCUUUAGAUGAAGCUUCACUUUGAGUAUAUGUUUGAGCUUAGUUAUUACAGUAAGCUGUCUGUCUGCUUCUUUAAUUAAUCCAAUAACAACUUAUUGUAAAUAUGAAGAAAUACAUACGUACAUUAAUAUAUAUAACGAUUCCUGUUGAAUUUGACCUGUUCUCUGCUGUAACUCAUUUAUCCUCCAAAUAAAAACAAUUUUAAAAAAGUUGCAUUUUGUGAUGUAAAUCCUCACACGUACUCUAACAAAAUAUAAAUCACACAUUUAAUUAAUUUUUCUCUUUGAGUAUUUACAUGAUACAGUCUUUGCAAAAGCCCAAAGAAAA